ACCAGGACACUGCCAAGAUCCAGGGAAGAUGAAGGUGGUCCUGGCUGUCUUGUUGGCCGUCAUUCUGUGCGCAGAGCAAGCUGACUCACUGUGGUGCUUCACUUGUGAAAAUCAAUCCAGCAACUGGCACUGUCUGAAGAUCACAAAGUGCUCGGAUGCGGACAAGCACUGCCUGACGACUGUUGGUUAUGUGGGGAUUGGCAUAUGGGCAGCCAAGAGGCAAAUCACCAAGAAAUGCUCCCCAACCUGCCCACGCUUCAAUAUCAACCUGGGCUUAGUCUCCUAUUCCACUACCUGCUGCCAGAGCACCUUGUGCAACCUGAGUGGGAAGCGGGUACGCAAAUCAUGGUCUCAGUGAUGGGGUAAGAGGAUCAGGGCCUUUCUUAGAGCUGGACUGUGAUGUGCUGGGAAAAGAGGGGCUUUAACCCUGAAGAACCUGCUCAGAUUUCCCCAGCAAGAGACCGACACCUUCUGUGCAUUGGGUUUAACGAUGUAUCCUAACAGCCAGGCCUUGCCUCAAAACUUCUGAACAAAUAGCUUCUCUGUUGCCUUUCACACUGGGGUUCUGUCACCUGGCAUGUCUCUUGGAAGAUGCAGAGUCUUCUAUUGUGCGGUCUUAGGUGUUGGACUGGGCUGAACGAAGCUGCUGCCUGUGGCCAGGCAGGGCAGGAAGAUGCUGAGUGGUAUUCUGCAGAAAGGGGUUCUGGUGCAAUCCCAGCCAGUUUCUAUAAUAUUUCCUUUCCUGCAGACAUUUCUAAUCAGUGUCACAGUAGGAUAACGCAGGCCAGAGAACUGCCCCCAGAUAAUUCCUAGAGCAAAUCUUUUAGAAUAACCUCCCCUCUUGAUUUAAAACUUGCCGCUGAUGGAAAAUCCACCAUGACCCUUGGUAAAUUGAUCCAAUGAUUAAUUACUCUCAUUGUUAAAAUGUACACCUUGUUUCCAGUCUGAAUUGGUCUAGCUUCAACUUCUAGCCACCGGCUCGUGUUAGACCCUUCUCUGCUAGAUCAAUGAUCCCAUUAUUAAAUAUUUGCUCCUCAUGCAGGAACUUUUAGACUGUGAUCAAGUCACCCCUGAACCUUCUCUUCGUUAAGCUACCUAGCUUGAGCUCUUUGAGUCUAUCACGAUGGGUUGUGAACUCAAUGGUGAAAAAGGAAGCAAAAUUCGUAGGCAAAGUCAUAAGACUCUCCCCAUCCCUUCACUGUCUGCAGCUGGUGAAGGGAGCAUCCUCCUGCUCCAAUUUCGAAAUCCUGGCCCCAGGCUGAUUGUAGCAGGGGGGCAGUGUGGCCUGCUAGAAGGCUCUGGACUGGGACUCAGAAACCCUGGCUUCUGUUCCCAGCGUUGUCCCUGGCCUGCUGGGUGACCUUGGGCAAGUUGCUUCCAUGCCUGUAAACAGGGGACAAUAGGACUGAGCUCCUUUGCAAGGUGCUUUGAGAUGGACGGAUGGAAAGCAUGGGAUAAGCACUAGGGAGGGUUAUUAUUAUUACAAUCAAGUGGCUGGGCCUCAGACUUCACCUCAGGGCAGCUUCCAGCCCUGUGGACCGUUUGACCUCUUCCUACCCCAUUGCCUUAGCCGGGCGGCCAUCCCUGGCUCUCUUCUGUCAGAGCACCGCUGCCUGCAAUCACACCUCUCUCACCACAUCCCAUUGCUCCUCUUCCUCUGGGCCAAGCUCCCCCUCCCUCUCAGCCACUCCCUGUUUAGCUGUGGUGACACUCUUUAUAUAGAUGCGCUUCUCUGCAUGCAUUUUUAACCCCUCCAUCGUCCCCCUCUCUGCGUGCCUUGAGGGGGCAGACUCCCAGAUUCAGCACCAUCUCCAGCACUGAAGGGGCCUCCAAAACAGCUGUGCGAGAGUGGCAUUGCCAAGUUCUGCUCCUCUGGCUCCUUCUUUGACGCAUACCUCUCUUUUGUCUCUGCUGUUCAUAGCCACGACCCUGGGCCUUGGGCCCUCCUUCUCUUCCCACAGCUGCAGAUCUUCCCACUGCCACCCUGCUGCUGCCUUGACCCCACCUCUGCUGAAAUCCCACCUCCUCUUUUACCUGGACUCGUACAAUUCCCCCCCUCCCCAAAUCCAAGCUGCCAGGACUCCAAGAUGUGCUGGCUUCUCCUCUGCAAGAUGUGUGAGCUCACCGUCUGCAUUCUCAAACAACUCCCUGGGCUUCCCAUUCAUUUCAGAACCCAGUUCAAAACUGCCCUCCUGGUGGGUAAAAAAACCCCAUCUGU